CCAUAUUGUUGGAUUGAUUAAUAUUUUUUGAGUAACCGAAUGCGUAAACGCCAAGGGGUUGAAGUUUAUCCGAUUUUGUCCCAUCCAAGUUAUUUGCCCCCUCCCCUCCUGGGCAUGCCGUUAACAUUCUGCGUAUUUAUAUUUCGUUUUUCUAAAUUUUAUUUCUUCAAUUUUUUCAGAGAUGCCAAUUUUCACCCAAAAUUGCUUGAUGCAUUUUUUCAAGACUUUCGGGACCAUUACAAACUACAUUUUUCAAGAAGUCAUUAUGCUACUUACGAUAAAGAAGUGUGCAAUCGUUUAUUACAUCAACAUUUUCCUUCGUGUCGGACACCUUUAAUUGAAUUUUUGGUGGAUGAAUUCUCUGGAAGAUAUUCAACUGCCGCUUGGAUUUGUUUUUUUGUUGAGAGCAAUUUGGGAUACAUGGUUCGAAAUUUUUUUCUUCUUCUUGAAAUGCGUAGUUGGUCAAUUAUGAGCAAACCUUUGCCUUUACCACGUAAACGUCGAAAUAAUUGGAUUCCAAAUCCAACUGAAGGUUCUUUGGCUGAUUCAAUUAAAGAAUUUACUAAAGUUUUGAAACGUUUCCGUAAUGAUUAUAAACAAUUAUUUUGUGAAAAUGAAGAUCGUCUUUUGCCUAAUGUUGAACAAAUUGAAAAUUUGGAAAAUAUUGAAAAAUUUGAAUGUUUGGUUUGCACUGGAGAAUUUGCAAUUGAUAGGGCAAUUGGUUGCAAUUAUCAUCCUAUUGGUCAACGCAAAAAUAUUGAAAUUGUUGAUUUGGUUAUACCUUGGGAUAAAGAGAAAGUUAAUUUUGUGGACAAUACACAAAAUGAAAAACACCUUUUUUGUGUUGAAUGUUUAAUUGGACAUGCUAAGGCAGCGACGCAAGAAAUGCCGUUAGCAAAAGGUGGUGUUGGACUGCAAUGUAUGGCUUCAAAUUGCCCUAAUGCUAUUUUAUUUUCCGAAUGCCGUUUUUAUAUUCCACCAAAUAUCCGUCGUCAUUUAAAUGCUAGAAUACUCGAAGAAAAUCUUGGUGCUGCAAAUUUGGAGAAUUUAGAACGUUGUACUCAAUGCAAUUUUUCAAUGAUCAUCGACAUUCCAUAUCAACAAUUGCGAGUUUUUUCGUGCCAAAAAUGUAAGGCGCAACACUGCCGAAAGUGCAAACAUGCUUGGGAUGAUAUUCAUUUUGGGAGGAACUGUGAAGAUUUACUUAAUGUAGCUGAGGAACGAAAACAUAAUUUUGAGAAUCGUUUGAGUGAAGCCAUUAUUCGUCGUUGUUAUAGAUGCUCAGUUCCUUUUGUUAAAUUGGCAGGAUGUAACCAAAUGAGUUGUCGUUGUGGUGCUGUUCAGUGUUAUUUAUGUCGAGCAAAGGAUAUUAAUUACAGCCAUUUUUGCCAGCAUUUUCGAAAUCCCAAGCUUACUGGGUGUAGCCAAUGUAAGAAAACGUGUCUUUUGUGGCACCCUGAAGAUUAUGUUGAUUCAAUUGCUUUAAAUGAAUUGAGGAAAGAGGCUGAAGAGGAAGGAAUUGAAUUGGUAUGAGGAUUUUUUGAGUUAAAAAAUUUUUUUCAAAAAUUUUUUUUUGAAAUUUUUAAAUGAAAAUGACAUUUUCUGGGAGAAUUUUGGAAUAAUUUUUCGAGUUGAUUUUUUUUUAAUAAUUUUUAUUUUCUUUUUCAGUAAAAUUUUGCCCCAUGAAUUUGUUGACUUUGGGUUUUGGCAAUUUAAAAAGCAUGGAAAUUAUUUUUGUUAAUUGUUAUUUUGAGAGCUUUAUUUAUUGAUUGGAUUUUUACUUAAACCAAUUUUGGCCGGUUCUCCGUUGUCUUGACUAUCAGUUGCCCGCUUCAAUUGGCGGAACUCCCCUGAUUCUAUCUGC